AUGAUGCCGAACAAUCUCAAAUUUCGCAAGCAUACACACAACUGGUUUCGAAAACCCUCCUUCAAUCGAAAGCGCAAGGCGCCAUCCGAAUGGGACGAGGCCGCAAGAAAAUCAACCGAUGAAUAUCUGCUCGACCUCUAUUCGGAAGAGCACUUGAGUCACCGGGCUACUUUCUCCUUCUUAAGACUUCCGCGCGAAGUACGGGAUGAUAUUUACGACUACGCUUGGGGCUGUGUAACGUUUGGAUUUCUACACCGGGGUAUCGUUGUGGUGGUCCGGUAUGGCCAGGACCCAAUCCCGCAUAGGCUCACCGGAUAUCCGCGAUGGCUAGGAAUCAGUCAUCAAUUCCGACGUGAGGCGCUAGAGCAGCUAUACAGAUGUGCGAGCUUUACUCUCGGCGAAUUCUUCACGCUCCCGAUCUACAACGAGAACGUAUCGACUCGCGACGCCUGGGCAACAGUCUUCAACAACCGCCCGGUAGUAAUUCCCGCGCCGAUAAUGGACAUACGAUCCGGAGUUCUGUCGCUGAGCCAAGUGAGCAAGAUCAAAAUCCUUGGCUUACCAGCCCACUACACGAUACCGUCUUUCGUCAUGCAUCAUAGAUACUGCUCUACGAAAGCGUACCCACAAUCAGCUACAUAUCGCGCUAGAGGAGUUGUUUCUAUUCUCUCCGGCUUCGAUCAAAGAACGUCUUGUUUGGCAGACCUGGAGCUGAAAUUGACGAUGAACGACUUCUUCCGCUACCCUAUCGGCUGUGACGGCAUCGAUAACGUUCACUGGGACUUCAGCAUACUCGACGCAUUACCGAGAACUCUAAGGUACCUCAAGCUGGUUCUUUUGGAUCAUGGCUGCUGGCAUCCAGGAGGAGAGUUGGUUUGCGCCGAGAUCCGGGAAAGAGUGCGCAGCACAUGUGCGCGCCGAGUGCGCCUGCUAGUAGAAUCGUCUGCGAGGCGUGGAGAAAAGGAAGGGGUCCAGUGCAAAAUAGCUACGACAAAAGAUGAGAAGAGCCGGCAGCUCUGGCAUUGCGAAGCCCGGGUGGUUUAG